CCUAGCUUGCCUCCCUCCCUCUCUUUUUCUUUUGUCUCCUCUUCCUUCUCCCGCUCUCUCUCCUUUCUUCUCCCUUCUCCGAAGCCGUUCUGGCUCAAGGCGGCCUGGGAUCAAGCGCUCGGUGCCCCGUAGCUGCCCUGCUGCCGUGCCAUGGCAGCGCGCGCGGGAGCGCCGCCGCCGCACUGCGCGUUCGCCCAGAAGUGCACGGCGGAGGGCAGAGAUUAUCUCGCGUAUUUCGACGAGCUCCGGAGGCCGCUGCGGGCGCCCGCGUGCCUUCUCGACAUGACGAAGGCGGAGCAGCUCGAGCACUUCCGCAGGGUGGACCAGAGGGCCAGGGAGAGUGAGGAGCACCGCGCGCUGAUACUCCUAUGGAGGAAGGGCUACGAGACCCAUGCCAGGAGAGCGUUCCUCAGGAGGCAGGGCGAGUUGGAUGGCGUGCCCACGGAGGAGGUUGAGCAGAUGCUCGGCUGGAUCAUCAGGAAGGUCGACCUGAAUUUCGAUAUUACAGGCGCCCUGCUACACUUCCUGCUGCCUGGGCGCGUGAUCCACGCUGGCGCCCUCGUGGCGGGCUCGCAGAUCACCGAGCUGGAGUGGCUCGUGGUGGCCGGCAGGAUGCUUUUGUUGUACGACACGUUCCUGUAUAGCAAGAGGGCAAAGCUCAUCUUCGAGCAUAGCUACUUGAUUUCGCAGGGAGUCCAGGAGGACCCCGAUCGCUUCCUGGCGGAUGCAGGCGAGGAGUCUUCAGAGCACAGCGAUGCCCUCGACAUUGGCACAGAUACCUUGAAGUCGCAGGAGGAGGAGGAGGAAUCCGAGAAUGACGACGAGAGGGAAGGGCAAUUCCUCGAAUAUUACGUACCCAAAGAUAGCCCUCUUCAUUCACAUUCGUGGGGGCGAGACCCCGAAGUAGACGACGCGCUGUUGAAGGAAAUGACUGCGAAGGAAGCGAGCAUUCUGAUGGAUAUGGAGUAAGCCGGACCACGCGAAAGGCAAAGUUCUGCCCCGUGCAUGGCGCUGACUAACAUAGAAACGCGAAUACGUUUUCGUUCAUUCCCUGUCUGCGCGCGAGCUGGUGUCUGACGUCUUGUCAAGACUACCAGGCUUCAUUGCCUCCUGGCGAACAGUGUUGACCGACGCUGGUCGCCGUGUUACUUGUAUAAGAGUCGGCGGGUUCAAAUAGUGGCGCUC